UAUAAAACAAAUACAUAAUAAAACAAUCUUAUUUUGUUAAAUUAACAGCAAUAUUUUUUAAAUAGGCGCCCUUUAGGCUGCUUUUAUUAGUAAUUUUUUGCUGUCUAGGUUGGCUACCCAUUUAAAAAUUUAUUACAAAUUACAAAAAGUGAGGUUAUAACAAAUAGUCAUAAAAAUAGAGUUCUAAAAAUUAGUAAAUAAUCCAUUAUGAAAUUUCGUGGUCUCAUAACAGACACUUCAGUAAUGAAGGAUUUUAUGAACAUAGCUACAGGCCUUUCCAGAUUUUCAAAAGAAUGUGUAAUGCGAAUAACAGAAAGAAAAGUGUAUUUCAUAAUAUCAGACGAAGAUAACGGACCUAGAAGGCCACUAGCGUGGUGCGAAUUACCUGUUAGUUUUUAUUUUAGAGAAUAUAACUUGGUUGGGGUUACAGAAGAACAUAAUGAGAUUUAUUUAGAGUUUUCGACAGCACUCUUGGCAAGGUCGUUAUCAAUUCUAAAGCAAAAUGUUAAGUCACUAAAAAUUAAAUUAACCAAUAAAGAUUCUCCUUGUCUAACACUUGAAAUGGAAAUGGCGUCUGAGGCUACACAAAGCAGACAAUGUGUGCAUGAUAUUCCAGUUGAAGUGAUUUCUAGGAAACAUUGGAAUGAUUAUGAGGAACCAAGAUUUAAUGAUUUUCACGUUUCAAUAGAAAUGCCUAAUUUAAAAACGAUUAAAACAAUAGUUGAAAGAAUGAGGAAUAUGAGUCACAGUUUAACUGUAUCAGCUACAAAGGAUGGACGACUUACAUUUCAAAUAAAAACGAACAUUGUUACGCUAUCAUCACAUUUUCCCGGUCUAGGAGUUGAAAGUUUUGCCAGUAAUAUAAAAAUCACAACAUCAUAUAUAAAUAAUUCUAUAAUUCUAGUUGGACAAUUGGAAUUGACUUCAUCAGAUUCACAAGAAGAGGACCAGCAGAAAGUUAGCUCAAUAGUGGACAUCAAAAAGUUCCUAAUGUUUUUAUCAGGAAUGCAGCUAAACAGUUGCCGAACAGUCUGCAGCAUAGUCCAUGGUAAAAUGGUAAAGCUCUUCAUGGAACAGCCUGGGGCUCUCUCCUUACAAAUUUUUCUCACCCAAUUAAGUAUUUAAACCAUUUAUUUUGUAAAAACGCACGCACACACUAUUAAAGUAACCAGAAUCAAAAACGGCAGCCAUGUCUUAACAAACCCAGCAAAACUAACAUACUUUGAGUACAACAACAUAAAAAAUGCCAAUUUCACCAUAUUCCAACUUUUCGAAUCAUCAUAUUGCAUCAGAUUAAGCGCGGUGGCAACGUGAGAGUGACAAUUAUCGCAGCAUAAAUUGUGCAUACGUCCGCUAUAAAUUUCUGAAGCUUCAGUAACUGCACGGUCCCAGCCGGAAAUUCCCCCGUGUGCCAGUGACGGUUUCAGCUGCCAGUACUUAGUAGGGCGGCCGAAGGCCAUGUCGUCUUCGGAAACGUAGUAAGGGCCGGCAAAAUCCCGGAUAACCCCCGAGGACAGGGCUAUCCCCAUGUGCCCAAUAAUGGGGAAAAGCCAGGUCAGGAACGGGAUUGGGGUCCAGACUAUGCAGCAAGGGUAGCGGUCGCGGGACUUGUCGAUUUCGCCGAACUGUGCCAUGUCGCCACUUUCAGGGCUUGCCAUGUUAUUAAGCCGCAAAAUUUUGCAUUUUUAGCCCCACUUGUGACCUAACCUAUAAACCAGUGUUGAUCUGUCAAAUUGUGAAUAAUACAGGCGAUCAGCUGGUUCUUGUUAAUGCUUACACUACAAAGUUAUUGACGAUUAAUUUGACCCACUGCAUUUUUAGAAGGUAACUACGCACGAAUUGCAAGUGCUUGUUAUUAGAAGAGGCGCAUAAAUUUAAACUCAUACAGUUAAAAAAAUAUAUAUAUUUUAUUGAAA